GUGGCCCUUCAAAACUUCUAGGCAGCCAUGGAAAAGGCAGAGUCCGUGCCAGAGGUGGUUGAGAGCAUCGAAAAACUCCUUAACAAGCACCAGCAAGAACUUCUACAACACCUCGACUCUUGGGCUGACCGUGUGACAAGUGCUUACGCCAAUGCACCUCUUGCUCUAGGAUCUCUUGGGACUUUGGCCAAAAAGCCAACUGGAGGCACCUUCGGUGCCUUGAAUUGUGGGGAAGCCCCUGUCGUCUCUGGUGAGGAUGCAGAAAUUGCACCAAAGAAGAACCGGAAAAGCUAUGACGAGGCCAGGUUGACUCACGUACAGGCAAUGGAGGCUCGGUCUGAGGUUGAACUGUCUCGAGGAUUCUCAGAGGUGAAGCCUUUUUGGCACAGCUGGCGCCAUUUUCGCAGAUUCUGCAAGUGGCUGGUGGAGUCUAGCUGGGCGAAUACUUUUUUUGCAUUGUUGAUUCUCUCGAACUCUGUGUUCUUGGGAGUGCAAUUAGAGAUGCAAGCCGCGUACCAAGAUGUAAGCAUCCAGCUGACCGUAUUUGCAGCCUUCAACGUCAGCUAUGCGGUACUAUUUUCCUUGGAAGUUGCAUUGCGACUUUUAGCUUGCGGACCAAGUUCCUACUUGUGGCUAUCGGACGAGUAUGUUUGGAAUUGGUUGGAUGUUUUUGUCGUUUUCGCUUCAUGGAUAGAGCUGAUCAUCUUUUUCUUGACGCCAGGCUCCACCAUGGGCACAAACAGGAACUUCCGCGUUCUUCGCUUGCUUCGCUUUGGUCGGAUUGUUCGAGUCGUGCGAAUCGUUCGCGUUGCCCGCUUAUUCCGCUCCCUUCGAACCUUAAUCAAUUCCCUCGUCGGGACAUUGAAAUCCCUGUUUUGGUCGCUGUUGUUGCUCGCACUGAUCAUGUACAUGUUUGGCAUCCUAUUCACGGAUGCCGUGCUGGACCACAGGAAUGAAUUGAAUUUUGCAGACGAAACAAGCAAUUUGUCAAAAUUCUUUGGUGGCCUCUACCCAUCAAUCGUUACGCUUUUCCGUUCUAUUUCGAAUGGCCUGACAUGGGGGGAAGCAGCUGAUGCACUUGAGAACAUGGACAACGGGAUAUUCUGGUCGUCACUCUUCCAUUUCUAUGUGGCAUUCUGCAGCUUUGCCGUUUUGAACGUGAUGACAGGAUGGGACAGCUAGCGUGACUCUGCGCACUCGACUUCAACCAUUGGGAACAUUUUGCAAUGCAGCAAUUAAAGCAGCUGAACGUGAUCAUGACAUGCUGGUGCUUUCACUCAUGCAGACACGGCAAGAGCUGCGCGAACAAGUCGCAAACCUAUUCCACAGAAUUGACCAUCAUGGAUCUGGGCAAAUUACGAUCACUGACUUCGAGUCUCAUUUUAGUGAUGAUGCCGUAAUUGCCUUCUUUGAAUCUUUGGAAAUCGGAGCUAUGGAUGCCUGGACCUUGUUCCUAAGCUUGGAUGUGGAUGGCGAUCACACCAUCAGCGUAGAUGAAUUCACUGAACGAUGCCUCCAGCUGCAUGGUCCUGCGCGGUCCGCGGACAUUUUCGCCUUGCGGCAGAACACUGACAAGCUGGAAGAGGAGCUCAUGAAGGUGGAAGCAAGACAGCUGCAAUUGAAUCAGCGAUUCACCGAGGUCAUCGACACAGUAAGGCAUCAACGUCAUGGACGACGUGGAGGAUGGGAAUAUGAGCAGACGAAAGAAGCCUUUCUGUGAGGCCUUGCUCUGGUGAUAAACGUGGAACUUAAUGAUUCGAGAGAACAAAGUUGAGUGGUGCGAAACUUGAAGGCUUUGCAUGGUUUUGCUCCCUUUUCCAAGCGCAACCAUGGGUACCAAUCCCUGGGUGCCUAGACAAGAAGUUUCACCUUUGGUGCUACAUCAGCCUCUACCAGAGCAUUCAAAUCUGCGAAGCAGAUUGUGCAAGACUAUGCCGGAGAACUGCAAGAUUGCAAAACAAUAGGCAUUCAUUCGAAUCGGAAUAAGUGUCUGGAAUCCUCUU